AUGCUGCUGCUUCUGCUGUCCCUGCUGUGGGAAGGGAUCCUCACUCAGAGAUGGCCGGUCGAGCUGGAACUACAAGAGUCUGCGACGGUGCAGGAGGGCCUGUGUCUCUUUGUACCAUGCAAAUUUCACCCUCAAAAUCCCUACUUAUCCACCCGCGUGUUUUUGUUCCAAAAAGGGGUAGAUCUAAAGGACGAUGCUCUGGUGGCCACAAACAGACAACCCGUAGAGAAGCUACAGGAGAGGACCCAGGGCCGCUUCCUCCUUCCCUGGACCAGCAACUGCUCCCUGAUCAUCCGAGAUGCCAAGAAGGCAGACAGUGGGACAUAUUUAUUUUGGGUGGGAUUUAGCUAUAACAGACAAACGUAUGGAAAGAAGACGCUAUCUCUGAAUGUAACAGCCCUGACCCAGUCACCCAGCAUCCAGGUCCCUGCUGUGCUGGCCUCUGGUCACCCCAGGAACCUGACCUGCACUGUUCCCUGGGCCUGUGAACAAGGGACGCCUCCCCUUUUCUCCUGGACCUCAGCCGCCCUCACCUCCCCGGGCCCCAGGACCUACCUCUCCUCAGUGCUCACCCUCUCCCCAAGACCCCAGGACCACGGAACCAGCCUCACCUGUCAGGUCACCUUCCCUGCAGUUGGGGUGACUAUGAAGACCACCAUCCUCCUCAAUGUGUCCUAUGCUCCCCAGAACGUGGCCAUUGGUGUCCUGCAAGGAAACAACACAGCCCUCCAGAUUGUGGGAAAUGCCUCGUCUCUGAUCAUCCCCGAGGGCCAGUCCGUGCAUCUACACUGUACUGCCGACAGCAACCCCCCUCCAAAGCUGGCCUGGUUUCAGGGGUCCCCAGCUCGGAACACCUCCCCCUUCUCCUCCACUGGCUAUGUGGCGCUGCCUCACGUAGGGAUGGGAGAGAAAGGAGUGAUCGCCUGCCAAGCGCAGAAUCAGCUGGGCUCCCAGCAUGUUCUUCUGAAUCUCUCCGUUCAGAGUGAGUUUGGGAUCUCCUGA